GUAAGCCGAUGAUGUCAAGAUACCUCUUUCUCACUCUCUCUCAUUUUAACUCAAUCUGUGGGCAAGUCGUGUUAUUAUAAAUAGAUAGAUACUAACACACCCUAAAAUGGCCGCCAUUGUAGCGUCUUUGGCUUCAUCGCUUGCUUCAACUUCGUCUUCCACCUUCCUUUUCACAAAAUUCCGUUCCACCCCUGUUCUGGGCCUAUCUUUUGCAGUCACGCCCUUGUGUUCUCGCAGAGGGAGGCGCAUGGCUCACACUCUCGUCCGGGCCACUCUCGGCCUCACUCAGCCCGCUCACAUCGAACCGCCCAAGAUCUCGUUUACAGCGAAAGAGAUUGAUUUGGUGGGAUGGAAAGGAGAUAUACUUGCAGUGGGUGUUACCGAGAAAGACAUGGUCAAAGAUGAAAACUUGAAAUUCCAGAACUCGAUCCUGAAGAAACUGGAUUCCCAGUUGGGCGGUUUGUUGGCUGAAGCUUCUUUGGAGGAGGAUUUCACGGGAAAAGCUGGACAGUCAACUGUUCUUAGGCUUCCUGGUCUUGGCUCAAAAAGGAUAGGGUUAAUUGGGCUUGGACAGUCUGCUUCAACUGCUCUUGCCUAUCGUGGUCUCGGUGAGGCUGUGGCAGUGGCAGCAAAGUCUACCCAGGCAAGUAAUGUGGCUAUUGUGCUUGCCUCUCCUGAGGAGCUCUCUGCCGAAUCAAAACUCAGCAGUGCUUCAGCUAUAGCAUCUGGGACUGUGCUGGGGACCUUUGAAGAUAACAGGUUUAAGUCAGAGUCAAAGAAGGCAACACUUAAAUCUGUGGAUAUUCUUGGUUUUGGAACUGGACCCGAGUUAGAAAAGAAGCUCAAAUACACAGAAGAUCUUUGCUCUGGGAUAAUUUUUGGGAGAGAGCUUGUAAAUGCGCCCGCGAAUGUACUCACCCCAGGGGUAUUGGCCGAAGAGGCUUCAAAGAUCGCCUCCAUGUACAGCGAUGUUCUUUCUGCAACCAUUUUGAAUGCAGAUCAGUGCAAAGAGUUGAAAAUGGGUUCCUACCUAGGUGUUGCUGCUGCUUCAGCAAAUCCUCCUCAUUUUAUUCAUCUGUGUUACAAGCCUCCAAGUGGGCCUGUCAAAGCUAAGCUAGCUUUGGUAGGGAAGGGAUUGACCUUUGACAGUGGUGGCUACAACAUCAAGACCGGACCUGGCUGUUCCAUUGAGCUCAUGAAAUUUGAUAUGGGUGGUUCAGCUGCAGUUCUGGGUGCAGCUAAAGCUAUUGGUCAAAUUAAACCAGAAGGAGUAGAGGUUCAUUUCAUUGUUGCUGCUUGUGAAAAUAUGAUAAGCGGAACUGGUAUGCGACCUGGAGAUAUUGUCACAGCUUCAAAUGGAAAGACAAUUGAGGUUAACAACACUGAUGCUGAAGGCAGACUUACACUUGCAGAUGCUCUGGUAUAUGCCUGCAACCAAGGUGUAGAGAAGAUAAUUGAUCUGGCAACAUUAACUGGAGCAUGUAUAGUUGCCCUUGGACCUUCUAUUGCAGGCGUCUUUACACCUUCUGAUGACCUAGCAAAGGAGGUACUUGUAGCUUCAGAAGUCAGUGGAGAAAAACUUUGGAGGAUGCCUUUGGAGGAAAGUUAUUGGGACUCAAUGAAGUCGGGAGUUGCUGAUAUGGUCAACACAGGUGCCCGUCAAGGUGGUGCCAUUACAGCAGCUCUUUUCUUGAAACAGUUUGUUGAUGAGAAGGUUCAAUGGAUGCAUAUUGACAUGGCUGGCCCUGUCUGGAACGACAAAAAGAAAACCGCCACAGGAUUUGGUAUUUCUACCCUGGUUGAAUGGGUUCUAAGAAACUCGUCAUAGUUACGAUGUAAAAUCCUGUUCUCAAUGGCCAACGACAUCUCGGCAAAUGGACACACAGUAAAAGAAAGUCUUAAAUGGGCCAGAUUUGGUGCGGUAAGAUCCUGAAUUAUAUGAAAUAAAAGCAGUUAGAAAAGGAAAAGGUCGACAGCGAUGAGCUGAGGUAUCGGCUAAACUCUUCGGGGGUCACACUUCAGUAAAUUAUGAAUUGUUUGGCGUUCUCUUUUUAUUUCCCAAAAAAACUGUUCUCUGUUGCUUUCUUUUAAUUUGCAUUAGAAGCUUCUCUUUCACUGUGAUGGAAAGAUAUUGUUUCCGAGACAAUCCAAUCAUCUACUAAAACACUCUUUGCCUUA